AUGCUGAGCUACAUCAACUACCGCAUGCGCGUGACCAUCGCCGACAGCCGGACGCUCGUGGGAACGUUCCUCGCGUUCGACAAGCACAUGAACCUCGUGCUCGCGGACUGCGAGGAGUACCGCAAGAUUAAGGCGAAGAAGGGCACGGUGGGCAUCUCCGAGGAGCGCGAGGAGAAGCGCACGCUCGGCCUCGUGCUGCUGCGGGGCGAGAUGGUCGUGAGCCUGUCCGUCGAAGGGCCGCCG